AGCUAAAAUCAACUCCACAUGCACGGUGUGCUGCAAACAUUAUGCAGCGUUGUCUCAAACUUACAUGUUUUUAGAUUUAAGAUUUCAUUUUCAGAUGAGAUGCAUCGUGUCAAGCUUCGAUUCUCACCUUUUGGUUCUAACUACAUCAAUGCCAGCUACAUUCAUGGCUACCAACAGAGGCGAGGGUACAUAGCCACUCAAGGUCCCCUGGAGCACACCACUGGAGACUUGUGGAGGAUGGUGGUGGAGAAUGAGUGCAGCUGUAUCGUCAUGCUCUGUACCCUCAGCGAGGAGGAGGAGAAAGUGUGCCAUCGCUACUGGCCCAAGUUCCAAGGAGAAGCAGGCACUUAUGCAUGGUGACUUCACUGUCACUCAGCAGACAUUCGAUGCUUAUGGUGACUACAUUGUCAGGAAGCUGCUAUCUGUUUCCAUGGCAGCCUCCGAUGAGCACCCCUCUGUGGUGACACAGUUUCACUUCACCCGCUGGACCGAGAAGGACCCCCCACAGAGCCCUGCCGCUAUACUGGACAUUGUACAGGAGGUGAAUGCUGUUUAGAUGGCCUCAGGCAACAAGCCCAUUGUUGUCAUGUGCAACAAUGGGAUUGGUCGCACUGGAGUGUUCAUCACCCUGCAUGCUCAACUGGAGCGACUCAAGAUUGAGGGCGUGGUCGAUGUGUUCCAGUUCAUCAAGUUUGCUCGCAAACAAAGGGAGGGACUCGUUAGCAGUCCUGAGAUGUAUACUUUCUGUCACGAGGCACUGGCUGACUAUGUGGACAGUUUUGAAACUUAUGCCAAUUUCAAAGAACUGGUUUAAUUAACAGUAACUCAUACAAACAUUUGAUUUUAGAUUUUACUGCUGCUUUUAUAGUUUUUAGAUUAUUGUACAGACUCAGAUUAUACCAAUAGCAAAACUGUGUAAAUGUGCUUACCACUGACUUUUAUAUGUUACUGAAUUAUUGCACUUGCUGGAGUGACAGUGUGUUCUUUAAUGAAUCCUAAUGUGUGUUGUUACCAAUUUUCUCCCCACCCACCAUUGUAGGUUUCUCCAGCAGCAUGGUUGGCAUAACGAUGAGAUCAAUGCUCAUAUUGAGCGUAUUGAGGCUGACUCUAGUGGAGUGGAGGAGGACGAGGGACUCUACGCCACCUACGCCAUGCUACACACCUAUUGCAAUGAGUGGAGGAGGGGGGGUACUGUACAUCUAAAAUCACCAAUUAGAAAUUACUUACUAAGUAGUUAGAUGGUUGUAUUAUUGUUGAAAGGGAAAAUCUCAUUUAUAUGGGUGGUAGCUAUAUAGUGGAGUUGGAUGUGCUUGGAGCCCUAGUAUACUGCCAUGGAUAUUUGGUAUCGCAAGUAUUACCAUCAUAAUGUGUUCAGUGUCUGUGGUACAUUGUAACUAUGCAUCUAAAUCAGUACAUGGGAAUCUAUGCUAGUAAGAGAUUGCACGAGCAGAUGCUGCAUGUUGUCUUUGUUGCAUCACAUGAUUGUACAUUGUCUUCUGCAAAAACAUUUAUGUGUGCUUACUUGCAUAAACUUUCAUUGUUUUUGACCCCUCCAGGUCCGACUACCAGCAGAUAUCCCAGGAGCUGAGAGGGCGUGUGUUGUGAAUAGACCACCCCCUCUGAGAUAGGACAACCCUCGGAAAGUGGGAGGGGCCAGACCAGAGACCACCAUCACUACCCCAUAGGUACAUGUGUGUGA